AUGGCUUGCAUUCUCGUCUUCUCACAAUUGUUCUAUCUUCUUCUUAAACCCUGCGGUCAAGCUGGUCCCGUUGCUCAGAUUCUCGCUGGGAUUGUGUUGAGUCCUGUUCUGCUCUCAAGAAUACCUAAAGUCAAAGAAUUCUUCCUCCAGAAAAAUGCAGCAGACUAUUACUCUUUCUUCUCAUUCGCUUUACGUACAUCUUUCAUGUUCUUGAUCGGCCUCGAAGUCGAUCUACAUUUCAUGAGAAGAAAUUUCAAGAAAGCUACCGUGAUAGCCUUUAGCUCGUUCGUGGCUUGCGGUCUCCUCAGCCUCGGCUUCUUAUUUUUAUGCAUACCUUUGUUUCAGAUUAAAGAAGACCGCUUUACGUUUUUCAUGGUUCUUUUCAUUACCGUAUCCAACACGGCAUCUCCUGUUGUCCUCCGUUCGAUGGCUGAUUGGAAACUCAACACAUCCGAGAUCGGACGGCUGACAAUCUCGUGUGCAUUGUUCAUCGAGUUAACAAACGUCGUUCUCUACACUGUAAUCAUCGCCUUCAUUAAUGGAUCCAUGAUAGGUGAUCUUUUCCUUUUUUUCUUCGCAACCGGAGCCCUAAUCUUGCUCAACAGGUUCUUAGCUCCAUGGCUCCCAAAGAGGAACCCUAAAGAGAAAUACCUCUCCAAGGCUGAAACCUUAGUUUUCUUCAUCUUCCUUCUCAUCCUCGCCAUAACCAUCGAAUCCUACGAUGUCAAUUCCUCGGUUUCGGUUUUCACCAUUGGCAUAAUGUUUCCACGACAAGGAAAAACUCACAGAACGAUGAUCCAACGACUUAGUUACCCGAUCCACGAGUUUGUUCUUCCGGUUUACUUUGGUUAUAUCGGAUUCAGAUUCAGCAUCACUGCAUUGACCAACCGCUAUUACCUCGGUCUCGUUAUAAUAGUGAUUCUAACCAUAGCUGGGAAACUUAUUGGUGUAAUAGGCGCUUGCAUAUACCUCAAGAUCCCCAAGAAGUAUUGGCUUUUCUUACCAGCCAUUCUCUCUGUUAAAGGCCAUGUGGGUCUUCUUCUUCUCGACUCAAACUUCUCCCAUAAGAAAUGGUGGACAACAACUAUACAUGAUAUGAUAGUGGCUGCUUUGGUGAUCACAACGUUAAUAAGCGGUGUCCUUGCGUCUUUCUUGCUUAAAGCAAGAGAGAAAGAUUUUGCUCACCAGAAGACAUCGCUUGAGUCUCACGACACGAACGAUGAGUUACGACUUGUAUCCUGCGUCUACGGCGCCCGGUGUGCUCGCGGUGCGAUCUCUCUCGUCUCUGCCCUGAGCGGAUCUCGUGGAGCUUCUAAGCCUUUCGCGCCUCUGCUUAUGCACCUCGUACCACUCCCGAAGAAACGAAAAUCGGAACUGUUGUAUCACGAGCACGACGAGGAUGGUGGAAACGUGAAUGGAGGAGGAGACGACGAGUUUGGUACUAACGAUGGUUUAGAGAUCAAUGACUCCAUUGACUCGUUUGGUAAAGACAGCAAGAUCUUGAUCCAACAGGUGAAACUUGUGACGCAAAUGAUUAACAUGCACGAAGAGAUCUGUAACGCAACCGAGGAUCUCCGUGUCUCGAUCGUCUUUCUUCCGUUCCAUAAACAUCAGAGGAUCGAUGGGAAGACUACAAACGACGGAGAAACUUUCCGACAGAUGAACCGGAAUGUUCUAAGGCACGCUCCGUGUUCGAUCGGUAUAUUUGUGGACCGAAACAUAACCGGGUUUCAACAGCCGCACGGGUUUGGUUCAGUUCAACACAUUGCGGCGUUGUUCUUUGGUGGUCCGGAUGAUCGUGAGGCUCUGGCUCUAUGCAAGUGGCUAGCGAAUAACACUCUCAUUCAUCUCACAGUCAUACAGUUUGUCUCCGAGGAUUCUAGGACAGAGCCUCCGGUUGGCAAUCCGACAACACGUGAUAAUAACGAGGUUUUCAUCGACGUUCUGGGUAGAGAUCAAACCGAACAGGAAACAGACCGGAGUUUCUUAGAAGAAUUCUAUAACCGGUUUGUGACAACGGGGCAAGUGGGGUAUAUAGAGAAGGUAGUGAGCAACGGACCACAUACACUGACGAUUCUAAGAGAGAUUGGAGAGAUGUAUUCACUGUUUGUGGUGGGGAAGAGUAGUGGAGACUGCCCUAUGACAGUGAGAAUGAAAGAUUGGGAAGAAUGUCCAGAGCUUGGAACUGUCGGUGACUUCUUGGCUUCGUCUUUAGACGUAAACGCGUCUGUAUUAGUAGUUCAAAGACAGAGACAUUCACAUGAUAGCUUUUUAGAUGAUUAG